CAAAGCUGAGCAGGUAGGUUGUGUUUUUUUGUUUUUCUUAUCAGUAAAGCUUCUUGAUCUCUUUCUACUUCAACAACGCUUGCACUACACCAAGACGAUAAGCAACAGACUAUCAUCAUGUCGUUGACACCAGACCAAGUCAAACUCAUCAAAGCAACCGUGCCAGUGCUAAAAGAACAUGGCAACACAAUAACCUCCCACUUCUACCAGCUCAUGCUUGAGGAAAACCCCUCUCUCAACAGCGUCUUCAAUCAAACACAUCAGAAAACCGGUCAUCAGGCUGGAGCUCUGGCUGGAAGUCUAUACGCUUACGCAUCGCAUAUCGAUGGUUUAGGCGUUCUUGCUCCCGCUGUGGAGAAGAUUUGCCAUAAACAUGCGAGUAUGUAUGUUCAACCUGAGCAUUAUGAUGUUGUGGGAACGUAUCUGUUGAGAGCGAUGGGAGAUGUACUGGGAGCGGCAUUGACGCCGGAUAUCUUGGAGGCUUGGGGAGUGGCGUAUUGGCAAUUGGCGAAUAUUAUGAUCAAGCAAGAAGACACCCUCUACAAGUCCGCCGGCCCUUGGACAUCCUGGCGCGACUUUCGCAUUUCCAAGAAGGUGCCAGAGUCCGAGGAAAUCACUUCCUUCUAUCUCUCCCCUGUUGACGGAAAACCAUUGCCUUCUUAUUUGCCUGGCCAAUACAUCAGUGUCGCCACCUCCGUGCCAUCUCUCCAUCACGAUCAAAAUCGUCAAUACUCUCUCUCCGGCGCACCUUCCUCUCAACACUAUCGCAUAAGUGUAAAGCGCGAAUCCGCAGUCCAAAAGGGCGAUCUCACACAUCCGGCCUAUAUCUCCAAUAUCCUUCACGGAGAAAAGCAAGAAGGAGAUAUCUUGCAAGUAUCCCAUCCCUAUGGUGAAUUCUUCGCCGACCCCAAGAAUACUGGCAAAGGAGCUCUGGUGUUGAUUUCCGCCGGCGUGGGCAUUACACCCAUGAUCUCCAUCUUGGAUACAUUUACACAGGAGAAUUCUGAUCGACGUAUUUCUUUCAUCCACGCGACUAGAUCUUCUGGUGUCCAGGCUUUCGGCCCUCAUGUCGACGAUAUCACUUCUUCUCACUCCAAUGUCUCUGCAACAAUCUUCAAUAAACUGCCUGCAGAGGGAGCUAAGCAAGGUGUUGAUUUCGACUUUGCUACACGUAUGGAUUUGGAUGUUUUGGAAAAGAAAAAAGAUCUGUGCUUGCAGGACAAGGAAGCAUGUUAUUAUAUCUGCGGCCCUAGCGGCUUUAUGACGGAUAUGGGAGAUAAGCUCAAGAGCUUCGGUGUUGAAGAUGCAAGGAUAAAGUUGGAGAUUUUCGGAACGGGAAAUAUGUCUUGAUAUUUCGCUGGUGGACGGGAAAGAUGUAUCUCUACUCAUGGCAUUGUCGGUGUUGAAUGUGUUUGUGCGUUCUCAUGGCGUUUGUUUUUGGUGUUUGGUGGAGGCUUGCGAUGAGGUAUUUGAUAAGUUGCAUGCAGAAGAAGAGGUAUCCAAACCUCCCCCAUGGUCUUCUUCUCUACUCUUCUUUCUUUACCAAAACAUGCUUUCCCCGGCCC